GAUCACUUUUCUACAUGGACAGUGGAGCGGUGUGAGGAUGCGUUGUAAACUAGUUGUAAUCUAUGGUCUGCUUUUCCUUUUCUGUCUUUCUCUUUGUGAUGACUACACACUAGAUGAUAAACCAGGAUUGGGAAGAACGUUUGACGGCAUUGGUGGUUUAAGUGGCGGAGGGGCAACCUCGCGACUACUUGUGAACUAUGCUGAGCCAUUCCGUAGUCAGAUCCUGGACUACCUCUUCAAGCCAAACUUUGGGGCCUCUCUUCAUAUUUUGAAAGUUGAAAUUGGGGGUGAUGCCCAGACUACAGAUGGAACUGAGCCCUCUCACAUGCACUAUGAGGAUGAUGAGAACUACUUCAGGGGCUACGAGUGGUGGCUGAUGAGGGAAGCCAAGAAGAGGAACCCCAACAUCACACUCAUAGGAUUACCAUGGGCCUUCCCAGGAUGGAUUGGGCAAGGAGAAAACUGGCCGUAUGACUACCCUGAUAUAACAGCCAACUAUGUAGUGUCCUGGAUAGUUGGUGCAAAGCAGUAUCACGACUUGGAUAUUCAAUACGUCGGGAUAUGGAAUGAGAGGAAUUUCAACAGCAAGUAUAUCAAGCUGCUCAGGUACACCCUGGACAAAGCUGGGCUGAACGGGGUGAAGAUCAUCGCCAGUGAUAACCUGUGGGAGCCCAUUACGUCCUCUGUGUUGCAGGACGUGGAGCUCAGCAAUGCUGUAGACGUGAUUGGGGCUCAUUAUCCGGGCACUAACACUGUAGCAGAGGCCUUGAAGAGUGGGAAGACCUUGUGGUCGUCAGAAGACUACAGCACCUUCAAUGAUGAAGUGGGCGGAGGGUGCUGGGCUCGCAUCCUCAACCAGAACUACGUCAACGGCAUGAUGACAGCAACCAUCUCCUGGAACUUGGUGGCCAGUUACUAUGAGAAGCUGCCUUUCGGACGAGACGGCCUGAUGACAGCCGAGGAGCCAUGGAGCGGACACUACGUAGUGGAGUCUCCCAUAUGGAUUACAGCUCACACCACCCAGUUCAGCCAGCCAGGGUGGAGCUACCUGCAGACUGUAGGUCACCUGAAGAGCGGAGGGAGCUAUGUGGCUCUCACUGACCGCCACGGCAACCUCACUGUUGUCAUAGAAACCAUGACUCAUGAUCACUCGGUUUGCGUCAGACCUCCACUCCCCUACUACAAAGUCACACCACAGACCGCCACAUUCCACUUGAGUGGGUCAUUUGCUUCCAUAUCACAGUUGCAGGUGUGGAAAUCCCGCUUAGACUUCAAGACCGGGAAGCCUGUCUUCUUUCAGAAACUGGAUCCAGUUAAGGUUUCUGAUGGCUCUUUCAGCUUGAGUCUGGAUGUGGAUGAGGUGUACACCCUGACCACCAUCACUACCGCUCAGAAAGGGACACACCCCGACCCUCCCCCCUCUGCACCCUUCCCAAAGCUCUACAAGGAUGACUUCAACGUCCAAAAGCCUGCCUUCUCAGAGGCUCCGCACUUUGCUGACCAGACGGGCGUGUUUGAGUACUUCAACAACUUCAGUGACGCUGGCCCGCAUGUUUACACCCUGCGCCAAGUGGUCACCCAGCGACCGGUCACCUGGGUAACAGAUGCUGACCAGACCAUCAGUGUCAUUGGAGAUUACUCAUGGCACAAUAUGACGGUUACCUGUGACGUCUUUAUGGAAAAGGCCAAAACUGGAGGUGCAUUUAUUGCUGCCAGGGCGGACAAAGGAGGCGGGCAGGUGCGCAACACCAAGGGCGUAUUCUACUGGGUCUAUGCUGACGGCACCUACAAAGUUUCCAGAGACAUAAAGGGGGAAACUGUCCUCGCUAAAGGCAAAUCUGGGACAUCAUCGUAUAGGUGGUACACAUUGUCUCUCACCGUCAAGGAGGACAGGGCCGUAGGGAUGCUGGACGGAUCGACACUCUGGGAGGUCGGUCUGCUGUUUGGUCCAAAGACUGGCUGGGCCGCGAUAGGGACCGCGUCAUUCGAGCUAGCACAGUUCGACAAUUUUUCCGUCGAGGCAGACCAGUAGUCACUACGGCAGACUCGCUCCACUUGAUUGACUGUGACCUUGAAUGAGACAAGCAUUAUAUUGUGCCUUUUUUAAUGCACACACUGUUUAAUAUACAGAGUUUUCAGUCCGGGUCCAUUUUUGGUCCAGAAUGUGACACGUUUUCCCCUCCACUGACUUGGUAAUUUUUUUUACCUGAGUGCUAAUAACGUUCAACUGAGUCAGAACUGCUGGGAUCACAUUUGUUGCAGGAUUCAUACAUUCUGAACCUGGGAUUGAAACCAACAUUCUCCAAAGACUGUGCGUACUAGCUGUGCAAUGACAAGAACUUGACAAUAUAUAGGCUAAAAUAUGUAUUACCCAUGCCAAUGAGAAGGCUACCGACAGUGUUGCCAGAUGUACGAUAAUUAUCGUAUUUCUACGAUCAUUUUGUUCAUUUUGUCUUCUGUAUCAUAAAAACAUGAAGUACGAUAAUUUCAGUUGUCAUUCAGUUCAUUUAGAUGCCUUGAAACAACAAUUUGGGUGUUGUACGAUAAUUUUCUCCCAAAAAUGAUAAUUUUGAGGUCUUGGUACGAUAAUUCAGCAUUUUCCAUCUGGCAACACUGGCUACCUACUACUGAUGUUUCAUUUUCACGUAAGAUUCACUGAGCAUGUAACACAUUUUGGGUGUUGCAUUUACACAGUUUGUGUAAAGCUGGUAUGUAUACUGGUGGAAGAGAAAAAAAAUGAUCAUGAUGCUAAUGGUUUUUAACUUUGCACUGAGCUUGCUUUAAAAUUACUUGAAUCGAAUGAAAGUUGUUAAAAAAAGUUGUAUCUUUUGCAUUGAAAUUGUUAAUGAUUUUCACAUUGUACGUAACAAAAACUUGAAGGUGAGUGUACUGUACAGUAUUGUUUUCCUACUAAUAAGUGAACUAAAAAAAACUAUGUGAAUAAACUUUGAAACAA